CCCCUUGCAGCUAAAACCAGAGUCAGGAAAUGUCUGAUUAGCUGGGGAUUUAAACACGGAGCGUAUCAUGAGUUGCAAGGGGCACCGAGUUCCACCAGUGCGCAGGAGGAGCGACUGCGGCCGGCCCAGAGGACAAGGAGCUCGGCCGGGGACCCGGACAACGGCCGACAGGUGCAAGCAAGAGUGUGAUGGUGUCAAUCUGAUAGAUUCAGGAGGUCUGGCUGAUUUACCCAUAAAACCUCUGAGAAGAUGGCAGGCUACUUAUUGGACACUGGCCAUCUUUCUAUCCCUGAUUGCCAGUACAAUUGCUUCAUCCCAAGAGGAGAACAGGUUUCCAGUGAAUAACCCACAAUCCAGACAGAUACCAGCUCAGGACAAGAAAGUUUCCAUCAGUAGGACUUCAAUGGAAAGCCAAGAACCUCUGGAGAGUCAAGGAUCCCUGAAAAGUGAAACAGAUGAGAGCAGGGAAUUGCCAACUCAAUCUGUCUGGGCUGCUGCACAUUAUCAGACUGCAAUGUUAAACAGACUGGGAGAAUUUGCAGAGGAUGUGCGAAGCCGCUAUGAACGAUCAUCAGGCCGUUCACAUAAAGGCAAAGAACGAGCAAAGCCCUCACGGAGAAAUAGACGGAGAGGAUCCAGAAGAAUGAAAAAGAAUAAAAGUGAAUGCCAUAUCAAUACCUUGAGGCUCAGAGUUGAAGACCUGGGGCUUGGUUAUAAAUCAGAUGAGAUCGUACUUUUCAAAUAUUGCAGUGGAAACUGUCCACGGUACCGGUCGAAUUAUGACCUAACACUGUCCAAACUGUUAAAUAAAAAUGGGAUUCUUUCUCAUACUGAUGAGAUAGUGAUCAAUCAUCCAUGCUGCAGACCAAGCAAGUACGAAGAUGUAGCCUUUCUGGAUUUGCAAAACCAGUGGCAGAGGGUCACGAAUCUCUCUGCAGUUGAAUGCAUGUGUCAGGGAUGAUGGGCCUCGUCACUAUGGACAAUGCAUUCACUUUGAGGAACAAUGGCCUAGGCAAGGUGAAAAUACUGCCAAGAUUUCUCCGUGUUAAGAUGACAGGAAUGCACUGGAUUUGUUCUGUUCAGAGGAAUACACCAAGUUUUAUAUUGUGCGGAGUAUGGUAUGACCACUAAAAAGUUCUGCAUAAUGUUUUUCUUGGAAGAAUGCCAUGAAGCUCUUCAGAAAUAAACAUAUCAAUGUACAGUUUUUGAAUGGAAUAUGCAAAAGUCACAGUAAAGAUACAUGGAGCUUUUAAAAUGUUCUUCAAAAGAAAUGACAUGGAAUUAUCCUCCGAGAAAGAAUUUUUUUUUCAACAAAUAUCUUGUAGUCAAAAGCAUUUGCUUCUUCAACAAGGAUUCACAACGUAAUCCCAGAAAUGGAAGAGCCAUUAAAUUUUAUCUGGAAAAAGCAAAUUUGCUUCAGCUAUAUCAAUGUGCGACAUUUAUUUUAAUGGAAUGCAAUGAAUAUCGAAAGUGGAGAAAGCAUGAUUACCUCUAUGAAACUAUGCUGAACUCUCAAAAGGAAGAUUCUUCAGGGCUGUCAAAGUUCUUAACUGAGAAAAAUCACGUGAAAUUGCAAAGUAAAACAUCAGCAAUUCACAGCAAGAAAUGUAUGGCAUUAUCUCAGAGAAACUGAGAAUGUUCCAGAACAAUGGUUUCCUCUUUCCCAACCUCCCAAGCUUUGUCUUGUUUGGAUCUCAACCUUGUAUACUCAUUCAUAGCCAUUAAUAUUUCUUUUUAACCAGAGUGGAUAUAUACGCAUGUGUGUAUAAGUAUUUAUACAACAUAGAACUGAAGCUCCCUGGUUAUUGUUUAUUUAGUCUUCACUCCUAUCCCACUUUUUAAGAGAUUGGAGACCCUAUUAAUUCUCUAAAAGUAUUCAAAGACCUCACUGUGCAUAUUGGAAACUCUUCAAAGAAUAGAGUUUGGAGCCAUUUCCAUACGGUGAUCUGAACUCUGUAACACUGCAUCUUAUGCAUAUGGAGAGACACCUUAAUGCCGUUCAUUCAUUGAUUUACUAUUAUCUUUUUCCAACAUUAUCUUAUGUGUAUGGUUUUCUUUCAUUGAAACGAUGAUGCAGUUCAUCAAAGGUAGAAAUGGCAAACAUAUUGAAACAUAUUACAAGGUAUGUGGUGCACAUACUAAAUAACUGAAACCAAAUAUUGGUUUUAGUCAGGAUCAUUUCUCUUCAAGUUAUAUCGUGUGCACAUAUGGAAACUUCAAUCAUUUUUAAUUGGAACAGGGCAAAGUUCAGUUAUAGACUGCCUUUUCAUGAAAUUAUGAUACCUGGUAAAAUAUUUAAGAGAGUAUGUUCUAAACUAUUAUUACACUGACUAGUGUUCUGAUACUACAUAGUGGAUUGUU